GCCGCUUCAUCCAUCCCAGGCAGCCCCGGGGGUUGCUGUGUCUGCAGAAGCGUCUGUACUUUAACCUCUCCGUGCUGGAGGAGGGCGAGCGCUUGACCAUGGCUCAGCUCGAGAUCAAAUUCAGCCGCAACUCCUACCACAGCCCCAGCCAGGGGCAGGUUUUUGAGCUGAGGCUGUACCAAACCUCCCGGCUGUCCCUGCGGGGGGUGCCCUCCCAGGAGCACGGCCGAAAGCCGCUGGUGGAGCAGUCCUUCGCCCAGCUGCACAAGUCUCUGCUCUUCAACCUGAGCGAGGUGGCCAAGGAGUGGAGAACGUACAGCAGGAACCUGGGCUUGAUCCUGGAGAUCUCGGUGAGCGGCGGUGCGUCAGCCCCGGCGAGCGGGGGGCUGCAGGGUCUCUGCGCCGGCAUCGACUCCUUCCUGGACACCUCCCUCCUCGUGGUGACCCUCAGCCAGCAGCACUGCAAGGUUUCCAGGAGGAGGAGAAGCGCUCACUACACCCCGGUCGCUCCGAGCAACCUCUGCAAGCCCAGGCGGCUUUACAUCAGCUUCAGCGACGUUGGCUGGGAGAACUGGAUCAUCGCCCCGCAGGGCUACAUGGCUAAUUACUGCCUGGGCGAGUGCCCCUUCCCCCUGACAGCGGAGCUGAACAGCACCAACCACGCCAUCCUCCAGACCAUGGUGCACUCGCUGGACCCCGAGGGGACCCCCCAGCCCUGCUGCGUCCCCGUCAGGCUCUCGCCCAUCUCCAUCCUCUACUACGAUAACAGCGACAACGUGGUGCUGCGGCACUACGAGGACAUGGUGGUGGACGAGUGUGGCUGCAGGUAGCGGAGCGGCUGGGGGACCUCGUGCCCUGGG